AUGGUGCUGUGUGGCGAAGGUGACUGCAGCGUCUGCUUGCUAGCCUUUUCCCGAGCGGAGCGUAUCCCUAGACUUCUCCACUGCCGCCACGCCUUUUGCCAGGCCUGCCUGGAGGCCAUGGCCGUGAGUUUGACUCCGGGAGGCGGCGAGUCGCACCUGAGCGUGCGCUGCCCGCUGUGCCGCCGCGUCACCUGCGUGGGGCGGGGCCUCAGGCUGCGGGAGGCGCUGUGGGUGGACAGCGCAGCCUGGGAGCAGAUACAAAGCGACCCGGAAGACGAAAGCGAGGAAAAUCUGCCGAAGGAGGAAGUGACAGAGGCUUCGCUGCAAGAAAAAUGCAUUCCUUCCAGAAACAAGCUGAAGUUGCGCUCCUUCUUCCGCAAGUUUACACUGACCAAGCGCCACCAAGAGAGGAUCGUGCCGAGCAGCAACGUGUAA